CGCGCGCUCCAGUCACGGCGGCGCGCCGGUUGAACAUGGCGGACGUCGAGGGAGACGAGAUUCGCGACGCUCCUACGUGCCCGGUAACGUUGCCCGCGGCGUCUCGGAAUGGCUCCGGGGGUCAGACGGCGACAGCGGGACCACGCAUCGUCCGGAUUAUUAAGUCGGAGUCGGGCUACGGCUUUAACGUCCGCGGUCAGGUCAGCGAAGGCGGGCAGCUGCGCAGCAUUAACGGCGAGCUGUACGCACCUCUGCAGCACGUCAGCGCCGUGUUACCCGGCGGGGCGGCGGACCGAGCCGGGAUAUUAAAAGGAGACCGAAUCCUGGAAGUGAAUGGCGUGAGUGUGGAAGGCGCUACACAUAAGCAAGUAGUAGAUCUGAUUCGGACAGGAGAGAAAGAGCUGGUGCUCGCUGUUCUGUCUGUUCCACCACAAGAAGUAGACGGUCUGGACUCUGGAGAGGACGGCUCAGCUCCCCUGAAUUAUGACUACACUGACAAGCAAGCUGUGCCCAUCUCCAUCCCCACCUACAAGCACGUGGAGCAGCAUGGAGAGAGAUUUGUUGUAUAUAAUAUCUAUCUAUCUGGCAGACAGUUGUGCUCAAAGCGCUACCGGGAAUUUUCCAUUCUGCACCAGAACUUGAAGAGAGAGUUUGCCUCGUACCCGUUUCCCAAACUUCCUGGGAAAUGGCCUUUCUCUCUCUCUGACCAACAGCUAGAUGCCCGUAGGAGAGGCCUGGAGGAAUACCUGGAGAAAGUGUGUUCAGUAAGGGUCAUUGGAGAGAGUGACAUUAUGCAAGAGUUCCUCUCUGAGUCAGAUGAGAACUACAAUGGUGUAACUGAUGUGGAGUUACGAAUAGCGAUGCCAGAUAAGACCACCAUUUCAGUUCGAGUACGCAAAAACAGCACCACUGAUCAAGUCUACCAGGCCCUAGUAAUGAAGGUUGGCAUAGACAGCAUCAUGGCCAGUUACUUUGCCCUUUUUGAAGUGAUCAACCACUCCUUUGUCCGUAAAUUGGUCCCUAACGAGUUCCCCCACAAGCUGUAUGUGCAGAACUACACGUCUGCAGUGCCAGGGACCUGUCUGGCCCUGCGCAAGUGGCUCUUCAGCAUAGAGGAGCAAGAGCUUCUCCAGGAAAAUCCUCUAGCUCUGCAUUACUGCUUUCACCAGGCUCAGGAUGAUGUGAAGAAGGGAUUCAUCAAAGCAGAGGAUAAGUCCUAUCAGCUUCAGAAGCUAGCGGAGCAGAGAAAGAUGGCUACGUAUCUGAAUUUGCUACGCACAUGUGAGGGCUAUAAUGAAGUAGCGUUCCCCCAUUGCCCAUGUGACUCACGGAGGAGAGGUCAUGUGAUCGCUGCUGUCAGCAUUCAUCACUUCAAACUUCACGCCUGCACUGAGGAUGGAACGCUGGAGAACCAGGUUAUAGCUUUCGAAUGGUCCGAGAUGCAGAGGUGGGACACAGACGAGGAGGGAAUGGCUUUCUGCUUUGAAUAUGUACGAGGGGAGAAAAAGCCUCGCUGGGUCAAGAUCUUUACUCCUUAUUUUAACUACAUGCACGAGUGUUUCGAGAGGAUUUUCUACGAGCUCAGCUGGAGGAAAGAGGUGGAAGAGGAGGCCUCAGACAAAGACAACAAGAAUUGCAAUGAGUAUCUCCCUCCUUUGGAGCAGCAGAAGGGAUGGCACCACCUAGGGAAAGAAAUUGCCACCUCUUAGGAAGACCUUUCUCUGGACACCAGCAAAAACUGACCUGGACCACUAUACUAGAAAAACAACAACAAAAAAAAGACAACAACCAUGUUACCAGGGCAACAGCCCAGCUUCUUCUGAGCUGCAGAGGGCUCUGUAGUCCUGCCACCAUCUCCUUGGCAACUGAGAAUAAUUUCCAGGGUAACACAUUUAUAGCUGGUUGUUUUGCUACAGAUGGACAGCACAUUAAAGUAUCGUGGUCUUGACUUCAGUAGAUAGAGCUCCAUAUAAAUUUACAUCAUGUCUAAUAUAAAUGCAAAAAGAUUCCGCCUGCAGUCCUGGGAACAGGCUCUGGUUUUCCCGUUGGCUAGCCACCACUGGGCCCCACUCAUUAAAGAAGGGCAUGUUGUCACCAUUCAUCAUCUUUGCAGAAUAGUCGUCACGAUUGAGUGCUGAGUCUGAAGGCCGCUGUAUCUCACGCCCGCAGAUUUGAAUUCCAAUAGAAAAAGUUUUAAUAUGUUGAUUUGAAAGCAGUUCAGCUCAAGGCGCUUUUACUAACAUGGAAAUUAAGGUAACUAAAGUAGGCUUGAGGUUUUCCACAUAAAGCUAUUUUAAAAAGCGUCACAUCACUAACCCCAAAGCUUAAUAAUGCUCAGAAAGGCGUUUGUUGGCGGUCAGCUUCUCCAUGUGAAGCAGGUGGUUAAGUUAACCGUGUUUCUGAUGACAAAUAAACAGACGCUGUUAGUGUAAUGGUAAGUGCUGUUUGGAGGCUUUAAGCCUGAUGCAUGGGAUUGACCAGAAAAGCUAAAAACACAGAUUCCAGACAAGUAAUUUCGACAUGUUUCUGGAGAGCUUGGACAGCUGGCAAUAAAAAAAAAACCCCUAUCAUGUGGCAUGACAGCAGUGUGCAGGAAUGUUCAGCAAUAGGAUGUUGAGGUGCAGUUCUCUCUCUUCCUGUAGGGGGCAGCAGUACUACACACAAGAUGAUCUGUCUCUGCUGUAAUAUAAGCUGUGUAAGGAUGGAGAGAGAAAGUCAACAAUUUUUGCUUUGUGUUUAAUUCAUUUUCAGCUCUUUAUACAGAGUGUGUGUGUGCGCAGGAGCAGACAAGUUUUAGUCUGGGUUUUAUCUCUAUUGAGUGGUUAAAGAGCGAUCUUCCAGACUCCUCAGAGCAGUGGUUCCUGGGGGUUCAGUAAUUCACCAGGAGCAGAUAAGUGCAUGAGGUCCAUUUAGGAGAAAAAGAAAAGGAGAUGAUUAUAGAUACAUGAGGUCUGUUUUAUUAAAGUACUGUUGCUACGUCGAUUUCAUAGAAAACUAGAGGCCAAUGUGAAUCACUUGGAAACACCACAUAGUUUAUAGCGGGUUCAUUGGGUAUUUAGACAUUUUAAUAUUGUGCUUCUUGAUGAAUAUUUAUGUCCUUCGUCCCUUCCUUCCUAGCUUCCUUCCCAGUGACAGUGGGAGGCUGUGUGUUCAGUGUAGAAGUGGGUCAGUGUAUGUGUGUACUCCAUAGUGCUUCCCUCAAAAGCGACCAAAUAGGAACGAUCCCCUUCAUCGUCCUUUAGCUAAUCUGUAAGCCUGAUUUGAAAAGCCAGAGCUAAUGCCAUUAUACCUGCUCUACCCGCGUGUGUACACGUCUUCAUCCCUAAACACCCCACUGUUUAACAGUACAUGACGUCAGCGCAGAUUCCAGACUAAUCUGAAGUCCUUUUUUUUUUUUACAAUUGGAAUUAAUAGAAUAUAUUUCAGAUGGUGAAUGUAUUGUCUGUUUUUCCAGCAGCCACAAGGUAUCUCUGCUUAUUUUGUGGUGGUUUGUUGUCCUGUUAACCAGCGCUUCACAACGUAGGCUGUAUGUUUCUGUGUUCAACCUAAACUUCUAUAAUAAUAAUAACAUGAACCAAUCAGAAUGUAUUUGCUAGGUAAAUGGUUUCCUUUUCCUCAUAUGGAGUAAAAUUUCUCAGCUGAAGUGUGACUUCAGAUAGAAAUGGACCACAGCAGGAGAACUUGUAAUGAUAAACUUUCAUUUUUAGAUCAUAUUUAUAUAUAUCUAUAUAUAUUUUUUGUUUUGUUCUGUUUUAUUUCUCCCCCUCAUUUGCAUGACAUGGUGGAGGGUUUUGUCAGGUGAUGCGCUGGUCUGAACAUGUUCGUCUUUGUGUGUUUUUCUUGUAAGUGUUUUGCUUAUGUGUCCUUUUGACAAAGCAUUCACUGUAACCUUUGACUGAAAUGAUUAAUUUAUUAUUAUUUCCUGUUUGGUCAGUGUUAAUUAAGCCUAUUAGUGAUGGGCAAUUAACCUGAGGCUCUUUUAGCGCUUGAAGGGGAAGGGAUUUAAUUUAUAAGUGGAAAUGGAGAAACAGUGAUGCUUUAUUUCAUAUAGCUUCAUAAAAAUAAGUAAAUAAAUAAAUAAUGAUCA